AUGUACGCCAGCAUUUUCGGGAACGUUAGUGCCAUCAUUCAGCGUCUUUACAGCGGUACUGCCCGCUACCACACGCAGAUGUUGCGCGUGAAGGAGUUCAUCCGUUUUCAUCAGAUCCCCAAUCCACUGCGCCAACGACUUGAAGAAUAUUUCAUCCAGGCUUGGGCCUACACCAACGGUAUCGACUUGACUCUGGUGCAGCGUAGUUUUCCCGAGUGCCUUCAAACGGAGAUUUGCAUCUACGCUUUUUUUAUUCUUUCUAUCAUUGCACAGCGCGAUCAGUCCUAA